UUUGAUCCCCUGCUGAUUUUGUACAUAUUCCCACUGACAAAGAAAUGAUCCGUCUAUAAUUUUAAUGGUAGGUUUAUUGGAAUGGUGAAAGACAGAAUAACAACAAAAAAAUCCAGAAAAAAGCAUGUAAAAAAUGAUUUGCAUUUUAAUGAGGGAAAUAAGUAUUUGACCCCCUCUCAAUCAGAAAGAUUUCUGGCUCCCAGGUGUCUUUUAUACAGGUAACGAGCUGAGAUUAGGAGCACACUCUUAAAGUGCUCCUAAUCUCAGUUUGUUACCUGUAUAAAAGACACCUGUCCACAGAAGCAAUCAAUCAAUCAGAUUCCAAACUCUCCACCAAGGACAAGACCAAAGAGCUCUCCAAGGAUGUCAGGGACAAGAUUGUAGACCUACACAAGGGUGGAAUGGGCUACAAGACCAUUGCCAAGCAGCUUGGUGAGAAGGUGACAACAGUUGGUGCGAUUAUUCGCAAAUGGAAGAAACACAAAAUAACUGUCAAUCUCCCUCGGCCUGGGGCUCCAUGCAAGAUCUCACCUCGUGGAGUUGCAAUGAUCAUGGGAACGGUCAGGAAUCAGCCCAGAACUACACGGGAGGAUCUUGUCAAUGAUCUCAAGGCAGCUGGGACCAUAGUCACCAAGAAAACAAUUGGUAACACACUACGCCGUGAAGGACUGAAAUCCUCCAGGGCCCGCAAGGUCCCCCUGCUCAAGAAAGCACAUAUACAUGCCCGUCUGAAGUUUGCCAAUUAACAUCUGAAUGAUUCAGAGGACAACUGAGUGAUAGUGUUGUGGUCAGAUGAGACCAAAUGGAGCUCUUUGGCAUCAACUCAACUCGCCAUGUUUGGAGGAGGAGGAAUGCUGCCUAUGACCCCAAGAACACCAUCCCCACCGUCAAACAUGGAGGUGGAAACAUGCUUUGGGGGUGUUUUUCUGCUAAGCGGACAGGACAACUUCACUGCAUCAAAGGGACGAUGGACGGGGCCAUGUACAGUCAAAUCUUGGGCGAGAACCUCCUUCCCUCAGCCAGGGCAUGAAAAUGGGUCGUGGAUGAGUAUUCCAGCAUGAAAAUGACCCAAAACACACGGCCAAGGCAUCAAAGGAGUGGCUCAAGAAGAAGCACAUUAAGGUCCUGGAGUGGCCUAGCCAGUCUCCAGACCUUAAUCCAAAAGAAAAUCUGUGGAGGAAGCUGACGGUUCGAGUUGCCAAACGUCAGCCUCGCAACUUUAAUGACUUGGAGAAGAUCUGCAAAGAGGAGUGGGACAAAAUCCCUCCUGAGAUGUGUGCAAACCUGGUGGCCAACUACAAGAAACAUCUGACCUCUGUGAUUGCCAACAAGGGUUUUGCCACCAAGUACUAAGUCAUGUUUUGCAGAGGGGUCAAAUACUUAUUUCCCUCAUUAAAAUGCAAAUCCAUUUAUAACAUUUUUGACAAGCAUUUUUCUGGAUUAGGGUUAAUGGUAGAUAAACCUACCAUUAAAAUUAUAGACUGAUAAUUUCUUUGUCAGUGGGCAAAUGUACAAAAUCAGCAGGGGAUCAAAUACUUUUUUCCCUCACUGUACGUGGGCAAUGUACAGUUUGUCUGAUUUGGCAAUUGAUGUGCAAGCGGCUUCAGGAAUCUGUUGUAAAUCGCCACCCAUUCAGUGUAAUUGUAGAGGCAAAAUAUUAAGGUUGUAAAAUGCGUCUGUUUAGAUUAGGCUAAACAUGAUUUAUUUGGGUAUUCACAUAAAAUUGUCCACAUACCAUUAUGUUCCUUUUUCUACGAGUGUGCUGCUAUAAGGUGUUCUAGGAAAUAAGAACAGAGAAGGGUGUAAGGCUAACUUACACUGAGUAAAUAAAAAUAUGCUGCUGAACAAGUACAAACUAUUGACAUAACUGGAUGGGAUUUCCAUUUUGUGUGGCCAAAAUAUCUUGUCCUAACUUGCUAUUUUGUCCUGAAUGAGUUUAAGCUUUUGGGUUUAUUUGAAAUGGCUUCUCAAAUCAAAGGUAGAAAAGCUGUAGAUGUUUCAACAUUGUAAGCUAUGCGUAUUUCCAAACAAGUGAACACUUGUAUUGCAUGAUGGAGUAUUAAAGGGGACCCCAUAUCAAAUUGAGAAGAUAGAGAUGGUGAAACAUAAAUGCUGCUUCAUACUGUGUGCCUUGAUGUUGCAACACAUCAUACCUGUCAACUGUUGUGCAGGAAGCUGCAUGCUCUCCAGCCAGACGUCUAGGCUACACAAUCUGCCCCGCAACUAUGUCUCGUUUAAGUUCUCCGCUUGUUUACUUACUUUACGAGUAUACCUACUCCUAAAUUACUUACACACCUUUACCUAAUUUGGCUUUGAUGAACUGUUUGCCAGGUUAUUGUGUAAACAGACGGAAAGGAGUGGAGAGAGGCGUUCCCAGAGGGCGAAACGCAGGUGAGAGGUUUGAGUUUCACGCUCCUCGGGAAGUGUUAUAAUUGAACCUGGGAGUUCAUCUGCCAGUCAGUGAAAUUGGCAGCGCACUAAACUAAUCGCAAAGUUUGUAGUAUACGGCUUGUGUGACUAUGCAUAUUUGGAUCAGGAUUGUUGAGCAGGAGUUUAAGCACGAGUGGCGCAUUUUGUCUUUGGCACCCCAAGACGACGUGCGUAUUAUUUCGUGGAUUUAGACGUUCCUUCUCUUCAGACUGCCAGACGCCGCGGGAAGUGGGUGAUGGUGAACAUGGAGGAUUUGAAAGCUCCUGUCAGAUUUUUCCACAAGUCUUCAUUCAGCAUCAGCAGCCUGCUGUUUCGACGAGAGGGAGUGAUGAGUGAUGACGGUGCCGUGCUGGAUGGGCAUGUUUCCAGAAAACACAUUUCUUCGGGGCCAUCUACUAGGCCUAAAGAAGUUUGUGCUCAAGAUGGAACAUAUGAUUUUCAUGGAGACAAGAAUUGUCAUAAAGAAUACGCAGUCCAAGAAGACAAACGACUCUCCAGAAAUGGAGAAAGGGAAGACGGAGAAGAUACCGAUGGAGUGGGAGAGGUGAAGACAUCUGGAGGAGUAGAGGGAAAAGCUAAACCGGAGAAACCUCCUUUCAGCUAUAACGCAUUGAUAAUGAUGGCUAUUCGCCAGAGCCCGGAGCGAAGGCUUACCCUCAACGGCAUUUACGAGUUCAUCAUGGGCAACUUCCCUUACUAUCAAGAAAAUAGACAAGGAUGGCAGAAUUCAAUCCGGCAUAACCUGAGUUUGAACAAGUGCUUCGUCAAAGUACCUCGCCAUUAUGAUGACCCAGGCAAAGGCAACUACUGGAUGCUUGACCCUUCAAGCGAGGACGUGUUCAUAGGUGGCACAACUGGUAAACUCCGGCGCCGUUCCACGGCGGGCACCCAGACAAAGCUGGCAAUAAAACGGGGUGCCCGUUUGACCUCCACCACUGCCGCUGGGCUGGCGUUCACUGGGUCCUUUUAUUGGCCGGUGCCAUCGUUUCUAAACCUUCAACCUCCUGCGAACUCACACCCGGGCAUGGGGUCAUGUGUAGGGCCCAAUCACUCCAACUAUGCCACCUCGAUUCUUUCUCAACGGUCACACCACAUGAGUGCCAUAAAUGCUGGAGCAGACCGACUCUUCCAAACAAACCAGGAGUCAUCGUAUUUUGGCAUGGGUGCAGGCGCGCAAUACCGUCGUCAUCACCAAAUGAGCGCAGCCACAACAUUCGCCUCUUCAUCGUUGCCAUGCACUUUGUCUCUCCCUAACCCUUGUUCCUUUAACUUGCUCAACCGACAAGCUAGUUAUUUUUACUCGCAUCACCAGGUACCCCACCCGGCGACAUUCAAUACAUGGUGCCAGGAUGAGUACCCCCCAACCAAGGCAUCUCCAGCCGGACCCAUUUACUCCGGAAAAAAUGGGCCAUCGGAUUGCUUGGGGAGUUUGUGUGCGGAGUUCCCUAAUUAUUUUCCCUCAAUCAGCCCCAUGAGCUCCCUCAACACCAAUCUUUCUUGGGAUGCAGGGAAAUGACCAUAUUUAAAUUAAAAACGUCAGUUUCUCUUUAUUAAUUAAAUCUUUCUAAUGUCUACCAAUGCUGCGAAAUGUAUUCAAACAAUUUAUGUGAGUUUGCUAUUUCCCAAAUAGGCAUAUCUGUCUUUGGACAGAAAACAAUUAUUUAAUAUUUUUUUAAAUAAUUGCCACUCACGCUUUAAUUUGCAAUUUAAUCUAAACGUAUCAACAACAAAAAAACGCCAUUCACCAUUAAAAUUGUUUUCAGUUCAACAGACUAUAAUAAUGUUGUAUUAUUUCACGAAUAAUUAAUGGUCAAUAUUUGUGGUGCGUUCAGAUCAUUAAAACAAAUAUAUUUCUUUCGUUAGUAUUUUAUUUUGUAUUUUAAUAGACCACUAACUAUACAUCACAAGAUGAAGAGAGAUGAGAAAAUGAUGCUGUAUUUUAAUUAUUGCGCAUGAAGUAAGAGUUUCAUAAUGAGGAAUAAUGUCGUGAAAACAACAAACUAUUUGGUAUCUGUGAAGGUAAUUAUCAUGGUCGAGGUUGUUAUUGCAAGAUUUUGCAUCAUCGUUUAGGCUACUUUUACACACAGGCUAAACCAUCACUCUGAAGUUUGUAUUCGUUUUUUUCGUUAUUGGUGUUAUAACUUCGUUUUGCGAUUCGUAGGCCUAGUUCUUAGGGAUGUGGGCUACAUGAAACAUUAACCAUUUCAUGAAAAUUUAAAAAAAUUUUUUUAAAUAUCUUGUCCGACUGUGUUCCAUAGGUGCUCUCCAGAUAUUUCCAUUAAUAUAACAUAUCUUCUGACAACUGGAUGUGUUUUAACAAUUCACUGUUAUUAUCUUAAAACAAACUUGAAAGAACAAUUGUCUUCAUAAAUGUCCUCUAUCAAUCUUAUUGUAUAUAGCCUCGUUAUUGUUAUUCUUAUUGUGUUACUUUUUAUUAUUACUUUUUAUUUGAGUCUACAUGGUAAAUAUUGUCUUAUCUCUUCUUGAACUGCACUGUUGUUUAAGGGCUUGUAAGUAAGCAUUUCAUGGUAAAGUCUACACUUGUAUUCAGCGCAUGUGACAAAUAAAGUUUGAUUUGAUUUGA